GUGCGAAUCACGUGGUUCUGGGCCGCAGGAGGCGCGCGCCGUUGCGACGUCAACGCAGACCACUAAGCUCUCCUGAGCUGUGUACCGCGGCCCGGCCGCAGCUGAGUCCUCCGAGGGCCCGGGAGGUUUGAUGAGUACCUUUGCGGCCGCCAUGGACAACUCCGGGAAGGAAGCGGAGGCGAUGGCGCUGCUGGCCGAGGCGGAGCGCAAAGUGAAGAACUCACAGUCCUUCUUCUCGGGCCUCUUUGGAGGCUCAUCCAAAAUAGAGGAAGCAUGUGAAAUCUACGCCAGAGCAGCAAACAUGUUCAAGAUGGCCAAAAACUGGAGUGCCGCCGGAAGCGCCUUCUGCCAGGCAGCUCAGCUGCACCUGCAGCUCCAGAGCAAGCACGACGCGGCCGCCUGCUUCGUGGACGCUGGCAACGCGUUCAAGAAAGCCGACCCCCAAGAGGCCAUUAACUGCUUGAUGAGAGCAAUUGAGAUAUACACAGACAUGGGCCGGUUCACCAUCGCGGCCAAGCACCACAUCUCCAUCGCUGAGAUCUACGAGACGGAGCUGGUGGACAUCGAGAAGGCCAUCGCCCACUACGAGCAGUCUGCAGACUACUACAAAGGCGAGGAGUCCAACAGCUCUGCCAACAAGUGUCUGCUGAAGGUGGCCGGUUACGCGGCGCAGCUGGAGCAGUAUCAGAAGGCCGUUGACAUCUACGAGCAGGUGGGGACCAACGCCAUGGACAGCCCGCUGCUCAAGUACAGCGCCAAGGACUACUUCUUCAAGGCGGCUCUCUGCCACUUCUGCAUCGACAUGCUCAAUGCCAAGCUCGCUGUCCAGAAGUAUGAGGAGCUAUUCCCUGCAUUCUCCGACUCCCGGGAGUGCAAGCUGAUGAAAAAACUGUUAGAAGCCCACGAGGAACAGAACGUGGACAGCUACACCGAGGCGGUGAAGGAGUACGACGCCAUCUCCCGGCUGGACCAGUGGCUCACCACCAUGCUGCUGCGCAUCAAGAAGACGAUCCAGGGCGACGAGGAGGACCUGCGCUAGGCCCGCCUGGCCCCCUGGCGCCCGUCUCCCUGCCCCGUCCGCUCUCCCCCAGCCUGGCCCUCCAGUGAGGAUCGAGAGGGUGGCGAGGAGCCCAGAGAGAGGUGGGGCCCGAGACGUUGGCUGCGAGACCUUCCCUCCUCCCCACCAAGGAGUCUCGCAAGCCACAGCGCAGGCUCAGCACUGCUUCGGGGGCCCCUGAGGCCAGGCCUGCUGGCCAGACGGUCACCCUCUGUUCUCGCCGCAUCCCUUGCCCCCUGCCCCUUUAUUUAAGCCCCCGGAGGUACCCUUCUCCCCGCCCCGACACGCAGAAUCUUUGAUGCAGACGUAUUUGCUGUGGGUGCUGCCGGGGGUCAGGGUCGGCAUCUGGCCCCCCAUCUCCCAACCAGCUGAGUCGUGAGGUUGGUGUCUGUCUCUCCACCUUUGUCCCCCAGCCGAGCUCUGAGCCCACGUAGCCACCGUGAUUUGCUGUCACCGCUGGGGGUGGGCUCCUUCCCCACCCAGCACGGGAGCCUCCCAGCCUCCUGCAGCCCUCACCUCUCAGGGUAGUCCCAGGCCCUGGAGCUUCGAGGGCCAUCCCCAUGCCCACCCCUCCAUCUCCACCCUGCGCUUCGAGGUGUUGUUGGUGGGAAGCUGCAGCUGCCUGAGGAAGGAAAUAAAAGACAACACUUGUG